AUGGAGAUAACAUUAUCACUAACAUUUUUUGCCACAAUUCUCAUCUCAACUCUUCCUUUACCCACCGUGGCACAGUUCGACAAUUGCACGGAUGAGAUCGGGAGCUUGUCCCCGUGCUUCGGUUACAUUGGACAACGGGACGAGUUUCCCCCACCCGAGUGUUGUUAUCGUCUUGAAGAUGUCGUUGAAUCAAAACCCGAUUGCCUUUGUGAAGUGCUAAGAGGCGAUGAAGGUGUCAAUAGGACCCGGUUUUCGGAGCUCCCGAGCGUGUGUGGUGUUCGUACUCCGUCAUUUGGCAAUUGUUACUAUGAAGGUAAGAAAAAAAAGGAAAAGAAAAAUAAAGCUUUUCUGUAG